AUGUAUUCGAACAGAAAAAUCUCGAGACCCAAGUUCAUAUUGAUUGUGCAACUAAUAAUGAGUAGUCCUCAACCUAAUGAUUCUAAUUCAAAAAUGCCAUCCCCGAUGUUGUCUAAUGAUACCUCGAUGUUGGGUGAUAUUAAUAUAGGUACACCAAUUGACUUAACAAUUGAUAAUUCAGUAAUACAACAAACCCAACAGGAAAAUUUGUCAACAAAUGAUAACAUGGAGGUGGACGAUGUGGUAACAAGUGAAAUAGCCCAGAAUAGUAAUGAAUUGGAGCCUGCUAAAAUUGAAGUCAAGUCUGAACCGCCAGAGCAGUUUACUCAAGAGCAAGCCCAGCUUGAGACUGAACCAGAUGUGGAUCCCAUUGAGAAAAUGAGAUCGCUAGAAAUCUUGCCUGACUUGUUUAAUUUGUUAUAUGAUUUGAAUAAUGAAGAAAACAGCAAGGUAACUCCAAAAGAUUUUGAUAAAUACUUGGGGAGUCUAAGGUUGAAAUUGAGUAAUUUGAAAAAUCUAAUGCUGGAGGUUGAAGGUAUCAAUGAGACGUUGAGUUAUACUUUGGAUAAAAUCGAGAGUUUAAAACAAAACAAUAUAAAGAAGGAAGCAUUUCUACUGAAUUUUAAAAAUAGUGUUAACAUGAACGAAGAGAUAUGA